GUUAUCGCGAGAGUUCAAUCACGGGUUUGCUAUUUGUGUACUGGGGGGGGAAGGAGAGCGGACUGUGCUUUGAAGCGGACAAACUAUCGAGUUUAGACCGAAACACCGACUGUAUUUAUCUGUAAAGAGCAUUUAUACCGAGGUACGGUGCUAAUGCAGCUUGACUAUAAACCUGUCCUCUGCUCGUCUUUCUUUGUCAACCUCGCAGAUGUCGGACGACCUGGUGAAGCAGCUGAGCAGCUACAAAGCUCAGCUACAACAAGUGGAAGUUGCCUUAUCCACCGACCCAGACAAUGAAGACCUCCUCAAACUACAGAAAGACUUACAGGAAGUCAUCGAUUUGACGAAAGACCUCCUGACCUCACAGCCCGCUGACAGUACUUCCAGUACCAAUGGCUCGGACACGGUCCCGGUGAAGCUCGGCUGGAAAGUCGGGGACAGGUGUAUGGCUGUGUGGAGUCAGGACGGACAGGUGUAUGAGGCUGAGAUUGAGGAGAUAGACCGAGAGAACAGCACUGCGGCCGUUACCUUCUCCGGAUACGGGAACGCCGAAGUGAUUCCUCUGCUAAACCUCAAACCGGCCGAGGAGGGGAAACGUUCUGACGAAGACGGGAGCGGGAAGCCAAAAUCAAAGAAAGAGCAGAUAGCCGAGCAGAGAGAGUACAAGAAGAAGAAAGCCCAGAAGAAGGUACAGAGGAUGAAGGAACUGGAGCAAGAGCGGGAGGAACAAAAGUCAAAGUGGCAACAGUUCAACAACAAAGCCUACUCAAAGAACAAGAAGGGACAGGUGAAGAGGAGCAUAUUCGCAUCCCCUGAAAGCGUAAACGGAAAGGUGGGAGUGGGAACAUGUGGUAUUGCAGACAAGCCUAUGACCCAGUAUCAUGACACAUCGAAAUACAAUGUCAGACAUCUAAUGCCACAAUGACCUGACAUGUUGUGUAUAUAAUAAUCCACUGUAUACUAGCUGUAUCGGUGCUUUCCAUUGUGUUUAUACAUGAUUUAAGUUUCUCAAGUAAAGAAGGCUUUGAAAGGAGUUGCUUGCACACCGUCGUUUGAAAUAUUGAUGUAGUUUUCUUAUAUAUUAUGUAGAUACAACAACAAAAAUCCAAAUGGGGAUUUUUUUCCCUGCACUGGAACAAAGUCACCUGUUUCUUUAAGAACGGGAAGUGGUGUUGCAGAAAAGCCGUAGUGUUUGUGUCCAGGUUCCACUGAGAUACCUGCUCAUGCGCCUGUAGACUCGGUGUGUAAAAUUUGAAUCUGGUCUCUGGAGUCUGAACGUUAAUGAUGUUGCUUUUUGAGAUGGCUGCAUUUUACAUUUUAAUUUCUGUACAUAUAUAACAGUGAAAUAAACAUUGUUUUGUUUUCAUUUUUUAAAAAAUACUUCCACCUCAUUCUGACUGUUUUUACAUGAUAUUUUCACUGUGGCUCUGUCCUGCAGGUGGCAGUAAAGACUUGUACAACUAUUAUUAUUAUUAUUAAAAAAUCCAUUUCAUGAGCAGAAACUGUUAAUACAAUCCAUUUUCCCAUUAAAUUCACGUGAGUUUUUUUU